CAGAUGAAGCCUAGAGUUGCCACCACACCUGCCAAGGCAGCCACAGCAGCCACAACUUUGGAACCAACAUCUCCAGCAGUCUUGUGCCCUUUGGUGUCCAUAACAUCUACAAAGGAAGAUGGCAUUUGAGUCUUCAGUAUUUUUAAGUAAAGGCUGCUUCUACUGCUGUUCACCUAGAAGCCAGAAAAAGGAACAAACAGUGACUCUUGGAGCUCAUUAUUAUUGUGAAGAAAUUGCAGAUGAAAGCUUGGAGGUUUUUCUGAAGUUGAACGUCCUCUCUUUUUAGAAGAAUGGAUUUCUCAGAGGCCAAAAAAUUUAUGGUUCUUCUCUGGAAGAAUUUUAUUUUAAAGAGACGGCGAUGUAUUGCUUUAGUUGUGGAAAUGGUCCUCACAUUUCUGUUUAGUGCCGCACUUUUGGCAGUACGCUCUGUUAUUGUUAUAAAGAAGAACGGACCUUUUGAUUUCGCUGCUCAGCCUGUCGAUGAAGUGCCUUUCUACAUCACAGCUUCCUUAGCUUCUGCUUUCCCUUUGGAAUUGGCUUAUGUGCCUUCCAGAAGUACUGUGGUUCAGGGUAUUAUCGAAAGGGUGAAAAUGGAUUUAAACCCCCAAAUGAAAGUUCUAGGCUUUUCCUCAGAAGAAGAAUUUGAAGAUUACGUGAAGGAAGUAAAUAACUCUGAAAAGGUUCUGGCCGCUAUUGUUUUUGACCAUGACUUCAAAAAUAGCAAUGAUCCCCUGCCACUGAAGGUAAAAUAUUACCUGCGUUUUAGUAAUGAAAAGAAGAGCAAUAUGCUGGAAAAUGUUUAUGAAGAAGGAAGCUGGUUGACAGAUUUUCUCUUUCCACCUAUCCCUUCGGUGGGACCCAGAAACCAAGAUGAAAAUGGGGGGAGUCCUGGUAAGCAGAUCUUUAUUCUUAAUAUCCCAGUCAUAUAG